AUGCAGGUGCUGCGGGGCGUGACUUUUACCAUUCCCGCCGGGCAGCUGGUGGCCAUUGUGGGCCCCUCUGGCUCGGGCAAGACAACCUGUUUGCGCCUCAUGAACGGCUUCUACGACCCACCACAGGGAACAGUUGAGUUUUGUUGUCACCAGGGACUGCUCGUUCUUAAGGUCCGCGUGAGUGGCGUGGACAUCCGACACGUGACGGGGGCCUGGCUUCGAGCGCGCAUCGCCUUCGUGCAGCAACAGACGACGCUGCUGGGUGCCACAGUGGCCGACGCCAUCCGCUUCGGCGUCGCCGGCAGUGACGCCGACGUCACGGACGUAGCCAAGAUCGCUGGUGUCCACGACGUUAUUGAUCAGAUGCCAAAGAGGUACGCCACCCCGUUGUCGGGCAACAUCAGCGACGACGUGCGGAAGCGGCUGGCCAUCGCGCGGGCGUUGCUCACCAACCCAGACAUCCUGCUGCUGGACAGCUGCUUCUCCUCCAUGGCGCCAGAAGUCGAGGGCGCCCUGCUUAGCGCCAUAACUGAGGCACGGCCGGAGUGUACGGUGGUGGUGGUGACGUCGCGCCAGAAGACGCUGGAGUCGGCGUCGCACAUCGUUGUGCUGGAGUCCGGCGUGGCGGUGGAGGAGGGCUCGCUGGUGGAACUGCUCAGGCAGCGCCAGUGGCUCUUCCAGGCUCUACGCCGCGCCGCCGAGGCGCGAAGCGUCGACGCCGUUGAUGCUGAAGAGGACGACACCAUUGACGAAUUUGAGCCUGCAGCGUCAGAACUGGGCCCCUGCUCCCUCCAAGCUGAGCAGGAGCCCCACCGGCGACGUGCAAGCAGCGACCUGGGCGUCGAGGAGGUCGGUGUUCUUGCAGCACUAGGGCGCAGUGUCCGCCUCGAACACAAGGAUGGCGAGCGGCCGCAGUGGGGCAGCGUGCUGCGGCUGAGCGCGCGCGAGUGGCCGCUGCUGGCCACGGGCGCCGUCGCCGCCGCACUCUGCGGCCUCAGCCUGCCCGUCUACGCCGCGCUCUUCGGCGAGUGCCUCGCGCUAAUAUCAGUUAAUCCAGUGGGAGAUAUCUAUAAGAGACUGGACUUCUAUACCAAGAUAUUCCUCAUAGCUGGCUGUUUGUCUGGGACAUCACUAAUUGUACAGGGCUAUACAAUGGCGGCAGCUGGUUCACGGCUGACCAAGAGGUUGCGCCAGAGUCUGUUUGACGCGAUGCUGCACCAGGAGCUGACGUGGUUCGAGAAAGAGGAGAACGACAUCGAGAACCUGCUGCACCUGCUCAGGGUUGACGCUGCCAACGUCCAGAAGGCUUCAGGAGAGCAGCUGGCGCUGGUGGUGCAGCUGUGCAGCGUGGUGUGGGCGAGCGCGCUGCUGUCGCUGUACUACAACUGGCAGCUGGGGGCACUCACCUUGGGACUGGCUCCGCUACUGAUCUACGCACUGCUCUACCUGUCCAAAACUGUCUCCAGGAGACCCUUCGACGAGCUCGAGGAACUCAACAAGGCAGAGGCUAUGCUGCGCGAGGCGCUGGGUGCGGUGCGCGUGGUGGUGAGCGACUGCGCGCAGCCGCUGGUGGGGGCGCAGCUGUCUGCAGAGCUUCGGCGGGCGCACGCCGCCGUGGCCGAGGCGCUGGGGUCGCGGCCGCUAGUCUUCGGGCUGGCGCUCGCCACGCCCACCUUCAGCUACGCCGCCUGCGCCGCCCUGGGCGCCCACCUCUUCACCAACGGGCUCGUCUCCUACGAAGACGUCUUCCGGUGUGCUACAGGAUCCAUGGAGCUGGGGGCAUGCUUGUUCCAGAUGCGUGAAGAAGGAGGUAAAGUUUAUCUGUAA